AUGCUUUGUUCAAACCGCGCUGAAGGCUUCAGCAAUCAAUCGUCGCUGUCCUCGCCUAUUCCUACAUCAUGUUUUGUUGAUGUCAUUCUAGUUCCGCUGCCCAUCUGGGUCGCUCUCGUCGCCCUCGUGGCACUGUUACUGAUUCCAAAGCACCUCAUCGCCAGAAGUCGGGCAGCCGAGUCUCUCAAAACCAAACCAGCAUUAUGGCUCUAUCGAGUCGUUUCUGGCAUCUACUACGCCCUCAUUAUUUGCAACAUGUUGAUGCACACGCUAGAAAUUGUGAGGCUGGCCUUGAUUCACUUUGGAAUUGGGCUUCUCCCAUUUGCUUAUGUCGGCCUACUUCUGGGCGCUGCUCUGCACUCGUCCAGAGGCGCGGCAGGCCAGAUCCCCGCGUGGCUGCUCGUCAACAUGGUGGUGUGGCUCGGAGGCAUGGUCAUGUCCGUCGUGAAGGCGAUUGGGCUGGAUAGGGAAGGCAUCUUGCGCAAGGGCUCCAAGUACCCGAUGAGUGACCAAGUCCUCGACGUGGCAGUCAUUGCUGGAGUGUAUGGGGUGAUUGCUGCUCUUGAGCUGGUGACGGGGGUAUGGAGGCGGCAUAAUCAAACAAUCACGGCCUACAAAAGUGAGCAAUAG